AUACAUUAUUAUCAAUUGAACUUAUGAUAAAUUUAAUGUCCUAAAUAUAGAACAUACCUUAUACAAACAUUGGAUGACCCAACAUAGUACAUGAGCGAAAACGCGAAAUCAACUAAUCUUUUUACGCUAUUUCGCGAUCCAACAUGGCGGAAGAACGCAAUGGAACAUUUUCGUUACUCGUGCUCGUGGUGGUAGUGGCGGCGGCCGUCCUGUGGAUACCGGAUGUUCCGGGAGUGCACUCACAAAGUGCUACCGAAGAUUCGAAGCUGAACAUUCGUGCGCGCGCAAUACGGAAGUACAAAACUAAGGAUGACGAGAGAUAUGUUUCUCCUGUCAAGUUUAACUGGGACGACACAGUUAACAGAAUCAUCUCCAAGACCCUGGUGACAAGCCACCUCAGUGCCAGCUACCAGUACCUUUAUAUGGCAAAUUAUUUUGACCGCAGCGAUGUGGCGCUUCCGGGAUUUUCCAGCUACUUUCGGAAGGCCUCGGACCGAGAAAUGAAGAACGCUAAUUCGCUUCUUACGUACGUCAACAAGCGGGGAGGAUACCAUGAAUUCAGGGAUAUUGAGCAUCCUGAAAUCUUCACAUUUGUGGAAGAGGAGGACUUAGUUAGGGAAUCCCUGGGCCACGCCCUAAGGAUCGAGAACGACCUUUAUUAUCGCAACGAGAAGAUGCACACCCGGGCUAGGAAAAUAAACGACCCACACUUGACCCACUUCAUAGAAGACAACUUCCUGGACCAGAAGGUUAACGUCAUCAAGGAGCUGAAGGACCACCUGGGACGCCUGUCGUAUAUGGCCACUUCCAAUUACGGACUGGCCGUCUACCUGUACGAUAGGGACAUGUGAUUACCUCGGUUAGGAGUUGAAAGGGGUGUGCAUUAUCGCUUGUUUUUUAAUGACUGUCAGGAUUUCUAAAUGCAUACAAUGAGAGACAAGAAUUUGGAAAGUUUAAAAUCGAUGUUUUUUAUUAGAACGAGUCUGUGUUAUCUGAUUAAAAAGA